AUGUUAAGAGCAAGUAAUAUUGUUAGGGCUAGAAUUGUACCUACUGUGUCAUUUACUAGAACUUUUACAACUACCCCUGUUGUAUUUGAUGUUAGACAGAAAGAAGGUAAAAAGAAACAAGUUUUAAAGAAAAAAGUUGAUCCUAAUAAGAAAGAAGUUAGAAAAACUACAAGUUUAACUCAUUUACCAUUCAGGGAUGCUGUUCGUAAUUUAGGAUUAAAUAAAAAUGCUCCAGUUUCAAAAAUAGAAGUUCUUAAAUUGGGAAAUUUACAAACUGGUUCAAUGACUAGUUAUCCUAAAAAAAUUGAAUCUAAAUUGAAUAUUAUUGGUGGAUUUAAGAGAUUCCAACAUCAUGAAAUGUUUGAUAAACCUGUUUCUAUGAUUACUUCAAAUACUACUAGACUUGAUUCUGAAUUUCUUGAAAAAUUAAAUGGAGAAUCAAAAAACAAUAGAAUUUAUAUUGAUGGAGUUAAAGGUUCUGGUAAAUCUACUUUAGUUAAUCAAGCCAUUACUUUAGCAUAUGAAAAACUUAAUAAUGAUGUAAUUGUAUUACAUUUAGAUUCUGGUGAAUUAAUUGGUAAUGGUUCUUCUGAUUAUAUUAAAAAUAAUAAACUUAAAUUAUAUCAACAACCAAUGUUGACUAAAAGAUGGAUUUGGAAAAUUAUGAAAACAAAUGAAGAAAUUUUCAAAAAAUUGAAAUUAACUAAAGAUACUAAAUUUAUUAAAGAUAAACAAGAAGUUGUUUUAAAAGCUGGUGAAAAUACUUUAUUUGAAUAUUUGAAACAAAAUCAUGAAUUUGGAAGAAUUAAUCCUCAUUUAGCUUUUCAAUAUUUUAUUGAACAAUUAGUUGAUCAUUCUAAAGAAAUUCCUGUUUUAUUAUCAAUUGAUAAUUUCAAUGCAUUUGCUGAUUAUCCAUUAACUAAAUAUAAACAUCCAGAUUUCACUCCUAUUCAUAUUAAUGAAUUUGAAUUGGGUGAUUUUAUUUUGAAAGCUAGUAGUGGUGAAUUAAAUUUCACUAAAGGUGGUGUUUUAUUAGCUAAAUCAAAUGAUUUUGCAUUAAAUAGAAAAACCACUCAUGUUGGUGUUUAUCCAAAUGAAGAAUAUGAUCCAUAUUUGAAAUUACCAUUAUUUGAUUUUGAAAUUGCCUAUAGAUUAGCUUCAAAUGGUGGUAUUUCUCCAUUUAAAAUGAAUCCAUUAACUAAAGAUGAAACUAGAUCAUUAAUGAAAUUCUGGAAAGAACAAGGCGUUUUAAUUAUUAGACAAGAUUUCCAUAAGAAAUUAUACGAUGAUGAUGUGAUUGGUUCUAUUCCUGAAUUGAAUCAAGAUGAACAAUUUGAAAAAAUGGUUCAAUUACUGUAUGUCAACAAUCAAGGUAAUCCAUACGGCAUGAUCAAACAAUCUAUGUUAAGUUAUUAA